UUACGUUAAGGCGGUUUAUACUUCUACCGUCAUCUAUCGUACAACAAAAUAACUUAGUGUAAUGUUUAUAUCAGCGCCAUCUAUCGAUAGAUUUUGGAGAUUUGUUAAAUUUGAUAAGCAUGCCAUCAAUUAAUGCCAAUAAAUUAAAAAAAAAAAAAAAAAAAAAAAAUCUAGUUCUGUCCUGCAAAGAAGAACUCAUUUGACCGUAGACAAACUUUGGGUCGCGAUUAAUACUUUAGAAAUGUCAACCAAUCAUGGAGUAGUAAGAGGGCGCUAGUUGCCAAGACGAAUUUGACUUUGACAUGUCAAACAAAGCGAGUUUUUCUAACGGCUCCGGUGUACAAACGUCAUGCCGUAAUGGCGAAGAAUUAAAUUGCACUCGCAACGAACAUAGUGAAUCCGUGACCUUGCGUCGUUAUAAUCAAUUGUGCUGUUGUUAUUCUUCGUUACGACCGGUGCUUCUGUUUACAUGUUAUCAAUUUUAUCAUUCGUUGUAUACUUAUACGUUACGCCGCUCGAUCUCACGAGUGUUAUAUUGGAUUCUGAAUGGGAUGUUAAGCUAGUGUUAUUGAAGAUUUAAGUGGAUUGAAGGUUCCGCGGAUUUGCGCGUUAAACUGGCCUUUUGUUUGAGUAGAGAUCGGCCCACGCCUUAAUAAACCGACUCCUACGCUAAGCCUCUGAUGGCAACUGCUUCGUAUAUCCUUACAAUGGACCAGAAAUGUGGACGAAAAAAGUACUCUGGGUAUUGUUUAUAGUUUUCCGUGUAUGUUAUUUUGUAAGUCAAAGUGUUAAUCGGUUUUAAGCCGCCGCGUCGGCUGUUCGAAAUCGUACUGAAGAAGAGUUGUUUAGUGUCAACAAUCAAGGUUAUUCGCCGAAGUCCCGGAUUUAUCUAUUAAGAAUAUUAUGAAUAUCAAUCAAGUUAUACAUAAGAUUUUACCCCAAAAUCAAGCAAAUUAAAGCAAUGACGGCCGACUGAUCGGAAAGCAUCAAGAUAAGGAAAACAGCAGCAUUCCUGUGCUACAAAGUGAGAAUGGAUGAAAGUGAUGUCAUUAUAUCAUCUACGGAAAUCAUAAAAGAUAGACUCUAUUUCGCAACCCUAAAAACGGGCUACAAACCGAAGCCCACCAGAAACAGCAAGUACUUCCACAUCGAAGAUGACAUCCAGUACGAGAACUUCUACUUCGACUUUGGACCUUAUCACCUGUGCCAUUUGUACCAGUUUUGCAACAAGCUCACCGAGGAACUGGAGAAGAACCCGAAGAAAAAGAUCGUGUUUUAUACGAGCAACAAUGAGACGCUUAGGCUCAACGCCGCGUACCUUAUUGGGAGCUAUCAGAUAAUAUACCAAAAUGGGUCCCCCGGCGCAGUCUACAAGCAGCUAACAGACGGAUCAGAAUGGUCCCUUCUGAACUUCCGUGACGCCUCCGGGGGCCCUCCCUUGUUCGACAUAUCUCUUCUGGACGUCCUUCACGGCAUGAAGGUGGCCCAUGACGCUGGGUUCUUCCAUUUUGAUCAUUUUGAUGCAGACCAGUAUUUGUUCUAUGAGAAAGUGGAGAAUGGCGACCUAAACUGGAUAGUCCCCGGCAAGAUGCUCGCGUUCUCGGGCCCGCACCACCGCUCGCGCCUCGACCGCGGCUACCCGCUGCACAGCCCCGAGCACUACCACGACUACUUCCGUCGCCACAACGUCACGACGAUCGUGCGACUGAACAAAAAGUCGUACGAUGCGAGGCAGUUCACGGCGCAUGGAUUUGAGCAUCGGGAGUUGUUUUUUGUCGAUGGAUCGGUGCCUUCAGAUCUGAUUGUGAAUCGGUUUAUAAGGAUAUCUGAAGCUGCCAAGGGAGCAGUUGCUGUGCAUUGUAAAGCGGGCUUAGGCCGGACGGGGACUCUGAUAGCCUGCUACAUGAUGAAGCACCACGGCUUCACGGCGCGCGAAGCCAUCGCCUGGCUGCGCGUGUGCCGCCCCGGCUCCGUCAUCGGCCACCAGCAGUGGUUCCUCGAGAAUGUCCAACCCCGAAUGCAUGCAGAGGGCGAGGCAUAUCGGCGCCGGCAUCACAUAACAGCGUUCCCCGUGUUCACUCGAGGCAUCUACUGCGAUCUGCCGCCGGAAGAGAAGCCGGUAUCUCUUCAGACGAUACUGCAUAAUAAGAAUACCAAUAACAAGCUCGAUAAUGCAAACGCCCUCAACGCAAACGAAACAGACUCGGAAAACAACGUCACAGCCGUCAUCGGCAAAUACAAGACCACCGCCACCGCCAUGCUGCCCACCAAGACCGUCUUCACCCCCAAGUUGAACUACAUGCUCCCCACUAAUAACAUCAGGAACGCGGCCAACACUAACCUGAAGACAACGCAGCCAAGGAUCUUAAACUCCACCCUGAAGUCCCACUACGCAGCUAAAACUUCAACCUUCCCGCCAACCAGAAGUGCCAAUUCUCAAGCGAAAAUCUCUGGUGUCAAAGCCCAAUUCACAGGCAAAAGCAGCUUCCACGGCCAGCGAGCCAAUCUCGCUCGACCUGUCGGCUACGCCCAUGGAACUAGCCCUCUAAAAACAUUCACAAGAAAAACCGUCACAAAAAUAACCAAUAACGAAACCGCAGUUGUUAACACGCUGAGCAAUGUAACUUCAACCUUAUCAGCUUUAACAGAGAACUGUCAUUUGAACGGCAAAAAUCGCUUACCAUCAGAACCGAAUCUAAAAGCCGUGACCGCCAAAACGACGCCAACUAACGUGAAUUCUAGAAAGAAAUUAAUCGUGCGCUCCAACUCUAGUUCAAGGAAAAAACUGCCGAAGAAUAAUGUGGGUAAAAGCAGUUUGGAGUCCACGCAAGAUCUGUCUUCCAGUGAUACGAAUGUCACCAACAUAUCUGCCGAUUCCUUGGAAACUCCUUUCAGGUUUAGGCGAAAACGGGAUAAAUCUAGCAGCCCUGAGCCUAUGGACUGCAUUUCGAAUUCCAUCAUAACUGCCGAUGUCACUCCAGAAAAUUUCGAAGAGACUACAAACUCCCAAGGUAAUAAACUAUAUAAAAUCAAAGCGUUAAGAAAGAAAUGUCCCGCGUUUGGGGUGAGUCUUCUAAAGAAAGACGGAGUGCAGACUCGCUCGAGUACUUGUACAAGCAGCUCGACUGUUAAGAAGAAAUGAUCUCGAUGUGGUUAAGUAUGUAGUUGUAUUUGCACUUCAGAUUCUAUAUAGGAAUGUGCUUAGCACAUUUAGCGUCGAUUGCGUACAUUCGUUUAGAGACUUGUGAGUUAGUGACUUGUAUCGGUAUGAAAGCUUCUUACAUUUCCCGUAAUUUUCGUAAAGGUGCGUCAAAUCCGCCACCUUCAUGCUGUUCAAUACUGCAUGCGAUUUUAACUGAUCCGGUUUUAGGUGUAAUUCCGUCCUAAUAUAAAACUGUCCUUUUUUCGACAAGCGUUUAUCUGGUGAUAUGAGCCUGCUGAGUGGAACCAUAUUAUAUUUAUCUAUUGCUAUUAGCUACUUAUAGUGUCCGCCUAGCCACUCAUAUGUCACUCAUUUUAAAAUGAGUUAAAUCAUAAAAAUAAUAACAAUAGGCUACCAAGCAGCUAAACUGUGGAAUGAACUGCCGCCCGCGGUAUUUACGGACUAAUACGACCUUCAAGAAAAGAUCGCACUCCCAUCUUAAAGCCCGUCGAAGCACUUUCAACCCCUCUGGUAUUGCAGGUGUCCAUGAGCUACGGUAUUUGCUUACCGUCGGGCGAUUCGUCUGUUCGUGUGCCUCCUAUAUUACAAAAAAAACUGACUUAAUACUUACGUAAGUCGCUAAACGAAUGUACGUACUUGUUAUGUGUAUAGAGAGUAUAUAAAUCUGUGUUGUAAACCCCACAUCAGAGCCUAAACCUUUACACAUAGUUGUACAGGUCGAUUGAUUGCCUACACUCGCAGCUGCUUAGAUUUUAAGGUUUCUUUAUAAAAGAUAUGAAAGUUUUUUAACUAUGAAAUCGAAAUGUGCUUAUAUUUUAUGUUGUAGUUUUUCUAUUCAAAAUAUAAUGUGCUUUAAGAUUGAGGUUGCUUUUAUGAUUAUAGAAUUGCGUGAAAUGAGAUUAUAUUGACACUAAUAAGUGUUCAAGUAAUUUUGAACAAAUUCCAUAUUAGUUUCUAGAAUUAUUAUCUAUAGUGUUAUUUUGAAAAGUUCGCUAGACAAUCAAUUGACCGUAGUCGUGUAAUAAAUGAAUAUUUUUGUAUUAUAUAAAAUUACUAAGUGAUUUUUCAAAUGCCAUUUCUUUAGCUUUUAUUGAGCAACUUGUUGUAUUCGUGAUAUCGAUUUCGUUGACAUUUUGUUGAAUAAAAAUCUAGUUUCUAAGUUAAUUGUUUGCAAUAUAAAAUCGUUAUAAGGAAUUAUGUGCUGAAUACUUUUUGAAAGCUUUUUGGACUAAUAAUUUUAAUUAUUUAACGCAGCGUAAUAGUAUUUUAAUUUGCGAAAGCGCCAUCAGUCUAAUAAAAUUCACUUUAAUACUAUACAUUUAUUUUUGAUUUGACUAGUAAGAAAUAAUUAUCAAUUUAUUAUUUAUACUAAUGUAUUUUUUAGGAAGUAUGAACAGUACAUUGCGUUAAUAAUUAAGUCGAAAUGAAUAGAAUGUUAAAUAUGUUUGUGUCAGGCAUUCGAGUGUAUGUAAAUGUUAUACUACAAUUAUAGUUGGAGAAAAAGGUUCAGCAUCUCUGACUUUACGUGUCCAUUUCCAUUAUUAGAGGCUUACUGUAUCUCUCCAAUCAUUCUCCACUUUUCUGGUUAAAACAGUACUUUCCUUAUUUGGGCCUGCGUCUAAACUUCCAUCAAGAACUAAUUGUAUGAAUGAAUUGGCCAAGUCGAGCCUCAUCGCAGACAUAAUUUGAGAAUAGCAAAUAAAAUCUUUAUGUUCCUUUAUUUUUCUAGAUGAAAUUGAGUUAUUUUUCAACUUUUAAAAAUCUAAGUAUGUGUUUUUAAAGUGUCUCUGCCCAAACAGGUGUCAUGAACCUUUUGUUUUUUAAAGAACGCUUUUUGUGGUCCAAUAUUUCAAACAGCCAGGUGUGCUGAACCUUUGCCAACAUUCCUAUCGCAUAUUUUUAUAUCGUAUCAAGAGCCUAUAGGAGUUCCGUAAGUCACGAAUUUACAGUGUCAUAUCAGAUUUGUACGCGCACCGUUUACCGGCGGCGUCCGCCGCCAUCUUUGUUGUAUGUUAUGUUUAUAUGCGUUUGUUCACGAUUUGACCGUGUAGUUUUUAACUGGGCAUCCUGAAUAUAAGUCUAAAUUGGAGAUCAUUUCUCUGCCGGUACAUCUGAGUUUUUAGUUUAAAGUCAAGUUUCAUUUGUAAUAAAUGUGUGACAAAAUUUAUACCGAAAAAACAAAUCGUGAUCUUGAUAAUCUAUAGAAUCAUUGACAUCACAAUCCAUAUUAUAUUUUUUAACCGUUCCUAUUGGUAAUAAAUGACAAAAUAUAAUCAUAUUUUAAAGGUCACCACAGUAUCUGCACCUUGACAAUCGUAAUCUGUCGUUUAGCGCCCUGCCGUUUUACCCAAUAGCCCUAGUUCAUCUCAUUUGAUUGCAUCUCACUAGUCCUUACACUUUGACGCGAACUGCCUCUGCGUGCUCCUCAUGCGUCCUCCUCCUGCGUGCGCACGGGCAAGGGUAGCAUCCGCUUGGUGUACCCCUUUCAUCUCAUUAGAGUUCCAGAAAGGCAUCUACGUGUUGGCUUCGGCUCUGCGCUCGUCCCCAAAUGUCUGGCAAACCAUUGUUCCGUGGUGGUAAUGGAAUUAAUUUAUUAAGUGGUCAUGCACUUUUACAGCUGGGUACAUCGUGCACCUACAUCUAUACAGGGUGACCUUAGCCAUUGGACAAACCCCGAAAUCCCACGUAGGGUUACUUCUCAGGAAUGCUCUAACAUUAAUAUAUUUUUAAUUAGAACAAAUGAUAAUAAAAAUUCAAACUAGUUAUUUUCAUUAAUCGACAACAAAAUGAAACAUUCUGUAUCAAGUAUUUUUGACAAAAGCGUAUUUUCGCUAAUGAUGACAUUAGUUGUCAAAAGUCCGAAUCUCAUUAGUGUCAUAAAGAAAAAAGACAAACAAAAAGGUCGAACAAGGUGUCAUACUAUUUUAUGACAACGUUUUACCUCAGGAACUACUAACGCAUACAGGCUGCUCCAAAGUAAAAAAUCUUAAUUUGUUAAUUUCUUCGUAACGGGUACACUGUUUGUUAUGAUACUUUGUAUACUGGUUCUAAAUACCCUAUUGCAUAUGUACGUUUCGGCUUUGUCCAAUGGCUAGGGACAACCUUUAUAUUCAAGGCUGCCUUAGUUUAAAACUAAGCGGUGAAAUCGUUCGUGAACGCGAUGUGUUAUUGUAUUGUGGCUUUAGCAGCGGUUAGGUGUUCAUGUUAGAGGAGCGUCUCGGGAAGGAUGCUUGUUGAGACUGCAAUAUACUAUAGGCUUUCUAAUUUCUGGAUAGAACAGGCUAGGCGAAAUUGGUUCUUAUGUUAAUGGGACAAAGAUAGGUUCUUUUUAUCUGUUACAGUCGCCACCAAAUAUAUGGGGGCGGCCGAGGUGCCCACAAAUAUCUGAACACGCCUCUAUUGUCAAAGUGUUAGAGUGCGUGUUCAGAUAUUUAUGAGCAUCGCUGAAGUCCCUAAUGAAAAUCCUCAAGUUUGUAAUUAAUUUUCUGGCAACCAUAUAGUUAUCUAAAAAAGCGGUACGAUAUUUCAAAAACUCUGAAUCUACUGCACCUUAAUACGAUCCUAAGUCAGCAUAUGCAUUGCAUACGUUUAAUCUUUUUAAUUAUGCUCGUAAGCUGGUACUAUUAAUAUUAUUUUCGAUGCCGGUACGUAAUCUUUUCUGAUUUAAAGUCACAAAAAGUCAGCUAGUCACAAAAUUAUUGGUUGUAAAUAGUUGCAAACUGUACAGUAACUAUACAUAUAAGCAUUAUUUUUUUAUGAAAUUUAAUACAGUAAAGUAGAGAGAAUUAAAUAUUGUAUAAAAUUCACAAAGAAAGGCCUAGUAUAUUGCAGUACCGAUGUUGAUUAUGGUGGUAUUAUUUCUAGAUUUCUACACAACUAUUUAUAUUGGUUGUCUAUUAUAAAUCCGUUCACUAAAGGAGUCGAUUAUCACAAGUCACGGUCAAGUUUUUACAAACCUGGGUGUAAGUACACACCCAGCUGCUAGCGUGCAUGCACUUUUACAGCUCGCUGCAUCGAUGUCUUUUGACUUUUUGACAGAUUUUGACGUACACAUAUUAUUUGAUUUUUUUAAUAUCUAUAUUUUUAAUUUAUAAUAUCUAUAUUUUUAUAAUGAUUUUGUAAAUACGCAUGUAUUCAUAUUGUGAGAUUAGAUUUAUUUGCAGGACAAAAUAAUGCAAUAUCCAUGUUAUGACAAAGAUACAGCUAUGAGAGAUAGGUCAUUUAAUCUCUCGAAAUAAUACACUAUAAAUAUAAAUAUACAGUAUCGUGGUCGUGCAUACAAAAAGAGAAAACGUUUUUUCACUUUUGAAUAUUUUUCAUUCUCGAUGAUUCCCUAUAAACCUAGUUGAUCAAUGAUCAUUGACACAAUGAACAACUAGGUUUAUAGGGUUUCCUUUUUUCAAAAAUUGCAAAACAAAAAGCGAAACCUAUAAACCUAGAAUAUAUUAUGCCGAACCGAUCAAAAUCAAAGUGAUUUGUUAAGAUUUAGUUAGUGAAAAAUGUUUUCUCCCGAAAUAGAAUUUCGUAGAAAUAGUACCGUGAUUUCGCUAGGACAGUAAAGCUAUUCUUCCUCUCUUAAGGAGUCGUCACGCUAGAGCGGAGCGCUGUAUACAUCACGUGAUCACCCAUUACCAUUCAUAGAAAACUGAAGUGCCGGACGACCCGGGCCGUUCUAGCGUGAGUCAUCCUUCAAUGUUUGUACACUCAGCAUCCCACGGGAGAUCGCGUCGAAUGAUGAUCCCUAUGACAGUUCAAUAAAGUCUCUUUUGAGUAAGUUUAAUUAUAAAAACAUUAAACAGAAUAUGUUUUUACAGUAUUAAUAUUACUUAAAUGUUACAUUUCUAAAUAAACUAAUAUGCUUAACUUCCUAAUAAAUGUCUAGAAACGUUUUACUUGACAGCCACUCCAUAUAAAUAUAUUCAUAGAGAGAGACCAUCAUUCGACGCCAGAGUUAUAGAAUACAUAGAUUGGAUACAGAAUGUUGAAUUGACGGAGAACAAACCAUUAUACUGGACUUCCGUCCUCUUCUCUGUCCGUCACCAUAGAGAUAUAAGUAAGCAUAGAGUGCUCACUCCAUAUCCACCAAAAUGCUUAUUAUUUUCGUAGUCGGCGUCUAGCGUCAAGUAGCCAAUCAGCACCGCUACUCGAUACCACAAGUGUCGCGGCUGACGAAAAGUGCUUACUCAAUAAUUUAAAACUAAUGUUACAAGCAGGAAUUGAAAACAGAGUUCCGGUGAAUCCGGUUACAAUAUGGCUGAAAAUGGUUUAUCAUUAGACUUUUCGUUCGUCGCGACAUCUAUUGUCAAGUAGCAGUACUGAUAAAACCGCUACGUGACGCUAGAUGUCGACUACAAAAAUAACCGUUUUGGUAAGAAAACUGAUGUAUAGAUUGACGUCAUGUGUUCUAAAUGUAAUGUGUUGUGUCAAGAAUGAAAAUCAUUAAUCAAUAUGUUUUUUUACAUAUACUUUAAUUUUUCAUCAAAUGAUCAUGAUUAAUUCCUCACAAUUUCAUAUUUUCACAGUAUAGGUGACUUAUUUUUAUUUAUAAGAUAAAUAUUAUUAUUAUUGACCUUAUUUUUAUAUUUGUUGGUGUGAUGCGGUGUGAUAGGUAUGGGACCAGACGUUAGUCAUACCAAUUGUUUUGCAUCUGUUGUUUAGAUAUAAUUUUAUUAUAGGCGUUUUCUGAGGUUAUUAAGUUUGUAUGUGCAAUUUUUAAAAAGAUGCGGAUGCUGCAUACAGGUUAAUAUAAUGUGAAAUUACAAUGUCACUUUUAAUCCAAAAAAAUUACUCGAUGAACAAGCGUUGCGCUUUGGUUACAUGUAAGCACUAGCCAUAACCAAUUUAAUUUCAAAUUAGUAUGCGAGAAUAGACUGACUGAUUGUUAUGUAGUAUUCUUUGAGUAUUGAUGAGUAUAUUUUAUGAAAAUGACAUUUUUCCCAUUUCUUUAAGUAUAACUCGGAAGCCUAUUUCUCCAGUCUGAAAAUAUGAAGCUCGUCACAGACCGAGCUAUAAUAUCCCAAAAGAUAUCUUAUCUCUUCAAGUGGCAUUCGUUCAAGUGGGUUUCAUUUUUGAGUUAUUGGAAUUUUGAUUUUAUUUCAAUUUAUCAAAUUUGAAAUUUAAAUGACAUAAUCGGUCGGGAGUCGACGGCCUCCCACUCCAAGGGUUAUAGCAAGACAUCUUACGAUAUAUAUUACGUACCAUUAGACAGUCGACACACAAAGCUAUGUCAUAUAUUUUGGUAUCUUACGAUAUUUUAUAGCAAGACAUCUUAACCCUAUUCCAGGCCGCACCAAUCUACAAGGUUUUCUCAAAAAAUACAAAUAUAUUCCAAUAAAUCCAGCUUUGAUGAUUCAUUUGAAGACAAGUUAUAUUUUCCGAAAGUGCAAUCUAAUUUGAACCUUAAAUCGGAUGGCUAAGGUUGAAAUUAUAUUGGCGCGUAUGUGGUCGAUAAAUCGUACUAUGCCUGGAAAAGGGUUAAGAUACCUUGCGAUAUAUAUAGCUCGGUAUAUCACGAUAUAUUUUGGUAUAUUUCGUCUCUCUCACAAUGUAGGUGCUAGACAGACAGCGAUAUAUAUUUUGGUAUCGUUGGCGUGUGUGGUGCUUUAGCUAUACUAUAAGAUAUCGGUCGGCAUCUUACGGUAUAGUAAUAUAUAUCCACAACGAAGUUACAGGGGGUCGAAAAUGGUCUGAAUUGCUUCGAGAAAAGGAUGGUACGGGCGUGCUUUUUUGCUCGACUUGGUGGGGGCACGGUAGAUUAUCGCUCCGUCUAUGACGGGCUUAAGGCUCAUUUGGCCCUAUAUUCUUGUUGCAUCCGUUAGAACCAUAAAGAGAUGCAGAAUCUUUGUAAAUGACCAAACUGCGGCUUAAUAUUUUUUGUUCAAUAUUUCAGACUGUUAUUGAAAUAUAAAAUAUGUUUUAGAUUUAAAAAUUGUACCCAAUAAAGGCCUCGAAAUCUAGUAUAUGUUACGUUGUGAUCUUCCGAUCUAAUCAGUUACUAAUGUAGCGCACUAUAUGUAAAUAUACACUAUAUCAACAUGGUGUAACAAAUGCUUGUGCUUAAAAAAUAAAAAGAUAUAUUCCAAUUUA